GACCCUAUACAGACUGCACCCUGUUUUUUCUCUUCUUUCUCUAUCUUCUAUUGAUCUGUACUCUCUGACUCUGUAGUAUUUUUUUAAUCAGUCUUGUUUUCAGAAUUUUUUUUAAAAGAAUAUGGAAAAAAUUAGCUUGCAAUUUAUGGCAAUUGCAGUAUAAUAUAAGCUGCAAUUAAAAAAUAUUUUGAGCUGCCAAUCUACAACAAAGUAUAUUCAGAUAUUUCUAUACAUCUUCGUCUAUAAUCUGACAAUGGAUGUGGAUUUGGCGACAAUGGAUUAUUAUGAUAAUGCUAAUUUACCUGAUGAUUAUACAUAUUAUGAUGAACAAUACCCCAUAGUGAGAGUUGAAGAUAGAGUGGAAUAUUUUAACAUAAAAGAAGAACUGAAGAAUCUCGUUGAAAACUGUAUGGGAACAGUCGUCUUACAAUCAGCAAAUCAACUUCGUAUUUUGUUGCUUUCGUGUCUGAUAUUCAGAAUCAUUGCAAGGUUAUCUUUUAUAUUUGCAUCGAGUUUUCCAAAUCUUAGAAUUACCCUUCUUCAUAUAUUGAGUAUUAUAUUGGGAUUUGUUGCUUUGUAUAGUAUUAAUCAUGAAACAUUUCACACUGUUGUAUUCGUGAUGCUCAUAUAUAUUUUUUUAACUUACAUAAUAUUUCAUAUCUUCUGUAAUUUCAAAUUAACAUGUGGGAGAGUUGUGUCUGUGCUGACGGUUUUGUAUCUAUUUUCCGGAGAACUUUUGAUCAGUGUUCCACAACAUUGGAAUCAAAUUCGUGGUGUCCUGUUACUUCUAUCAAUGAAAUCUAUUUCUUUGGCGUUUAGUUUAGAUAACAAAAAUGUUUUGAAGCCUCCGAGUGUAUUUUCAUACAUGGGAUACUGCAUGCAUUCUGGUACUCUGGUAUUUGGUCCUUGGGUCGAAUAUAAAGACUAUGUCAAUUCUGUAUUGCAACCAAAACCAAUAACUUUUACCUGGAUUUUUCAUGUUAUCAAAAGUCUGUUUUUUGCAUGCAUAUGUUUGUUGUUGUCAACUUGCCUUCUGUCCUAUCUUUUUAUUGAUGCUACUCAGCCAGAAUUGCCUUCAAUCACACCAUUUGUAGCCAAUUACUGGAUGUUAUCUUAUAAAAGUGCUAUUUCUUUACACUUUAGUCAUUUUUAUAUUUGUUACUUGUCACAAACCACAUGUAUGUUGUCUGGUAUCGGGUCUGAAAAACAUUCCGAUAAUCAAGUUUGGUCCGAAUUUUCCAUUACUAAACCUUUUGCUGUAGAAAUUCCAACAUCUAUGCUGAAUGUAGUUGUAGCUUGGAAUAUGCAAACAAGUAAAUGGUUGAAAGAAUAUGUAUUCGAUGCUUCCAAAUCUUUGGGCAGAAAGAUGUCUGUAUUAUUAACAUAUGUAGCAAGUGCAAUGUUGCAUGGAUUAAGUUUUCAUCUUGCUGCUGUACUUUUAUCAUUAGCUUUUUAUACAUAUGUUGAAUAUAACUUAAGAAAGAAGAUUUCUCUUGUAUUCAAUUGUCCCUAUGUACAAUCAAGACCAAAAAAAUCGGAAGUGCAAUCAGCAGUGCCGCUAUGGGCAUAUGCUUUCAAUUUCAUGUGGAUUUUGAUCAAUUUAAUGCAUCUAGCAUAUCUUGGGGCAAUAUUUCAAUCAGAAGAUGAAACUAUUGCGAAAGAAGGAUAUCCAAUGAAACAUACCAUUGAAAAAUGGGCUAACUUGAAUUUUUUCAGUCACAUUUUUGCAUUUGCAUGUUUCAUUUUCAAUUCUUUGAUGUAGUAUGAGCAGUUGUCUUAUAGGAGUAUACCAUAAUUAAAAAUCAUCUGAAUAUCAAUCCAGUAUAGAAGAACUAUUGUGAGACUCCAUUAAUCAUAAAAUUAAAAAACUGAUAUUUAAAUAUAUAUUUUCAUACUGCCCUUUGCAGUUACCUGUUUAUUAUUAAUUUUUUUUCCAUUUGUUUUUCAUUUACAAAGAUUUUUUAAUCAUUGCCAAUUCGCUACAAUAGCCAAAUUACAAAUAUUGAAUUGUUUCACAUCUUAAAUUAUAAAUCAGUCACGUGUCAUGUAUUAUUUUUUGUGUGAUGAUAUAUUCAUAUAAUUCCAGUUUCAUAUAAUAUUUAUGAAUAUAUACAACUGCAUUCUAUAGUAAAACCUAUCUUUUGUUCAAUAAUAUUAAGCAUCAUAGCAAUAAUGUUCUACCUUUAAUUAUACUUAUUAGGCUUGUAUUAUCGUUACAAAUUGUUUGUAGCCACUUUAUAUACUCUUACAUAUGGCAGACCCAUAUAAUAUACACACAGCCUACCCAAUCUAUCAUACCUCAAGUAAAAAAUGGUGCAUACAUGGCUACAUCACUGCCUUCUAGUUCAUAUAUCUCGAUUUAUUGACUAAUUCACUAUACUUCAUUUGUACAUUUUUGAAUCAUUCCACUGUUGCCCAGUUCAAAUAGUUUUCAGCUAAAAUUGUGACAAUCUUCUACCCAGCCAAUGUGAUUUCCUGCUAAAUUUCGCAAUCUUCACUUUCUA